AUGGCAUCGAAUACACCCCAGAGCACCCCUCACGGGCCCCCCAAUGGGCCAGCCGUGGAUCGGUACAUUGUGAUUCACGUAGCAACGACGUGUGACGAACACGGUGUCUACGUAACCAAGGACUCGGCAGAGGUGAUUGAGCUUGGCUGGAUUUUACUUGAUGCUCGCACCUGCGAGGAGCUGCAUAGGGAGAAUGUGCUUGUCAAGCCAAUCAACACUCCCAUCACGGCUCUGUGCACGAGCUUGACCACCCUGACGUGGGAGAACGUCCGCAACGCCGGCACCUUCCGAGAAGCUAUCGAUCGGUUUGCGAAGUUCUACCAGGAGCAUAUUGCCGACAAGAAGCUCGAGGCCAUCUUCGUCACGCUCGACGCAUGGGACCUCCGGGUACAACUGCCACGCGAGGCGAGAGACAAAGCCGUGGUGCUGCCCGCCUACCUGCAGCACACGCGCUGCUUUGACCUGCGUCACGAGUACCAGCUCUGGCAAGCACAUCACCCCGAGUCCUUGCCCUUCGGUCCCAGUUCCCUGACGAACAUCUGCGCCGCUUUGGAGGUGGAACCCGUGCAGUCGUCUGCGCCCAUUAAGCACAACCUGCCCUUCCACCUGCAAGCGCUGGCCCCUGCCUCGCCCCGCCGCGCCUUGGAAGAAGCGGUCACGCUAGCCCGCGUCCUGCAAGGCCUCCUUCGCAAAUCCCAACCUCGCGAGGAACAUCCCGACGUACUCACCAAGCCAAUGGACGCACGCGCUGAUGUCAGGGCUUUCCUGUCCGAACGGAGCAAGGUUUUGCACUUGAGCGGCCUUCCUCAUGAUACCACGCAGUCGGAGUUGGAAAGCUGGUUCACCCAGUUCGGCGGACGGCCCGUCGGAUUCUGGACGUUGAAGACGCCCGAUCCCCACAAGCCCACCGGCCGCGGUUUCGCCAUUUUUGCCUCGCAUGAAGAGGCCGCCGAGAGUCUCUGCAUGAACGGCCGCGCGCUCAACGACAAGGCGAUCGAGGUGUCUCCCUCAUCUCCUCGGGUGCUGGAGUAUGCAGGUGAGCUUCUAGAGACAUUUCCUCCUAGUAAGAACCGGCCCCGUCCCGGUGACUGGAAUUGCCCAUCCUGCGGUUUCUCCAACUUCCAACGUCGCACGGCCUGCUUCCGAUGCUCGUUCCCCGCUAUCCCAGGUCCUCCGGCCGAAGCUAUGGGAUAUGGUUAUGGCUAUCCCCCUCAGCAGAUGAUGGGGCCUCCUGCUCAUCACAUGGUACAUGGUGGUGGAAUGGGCGCCCCUGGCCAUGUGCGCGGAUCCAACCAGGUCCCCUUCCGUGCCGGUGAUUGGAAGUGCGGCGAGAAGACGUGCGGCUACCACAACUUCGCGAAGAAUGUCCACUGCCUGCGAUGCGGUUCCAGCCGCGCGAAUGCCGCGGUUGCCCCCGAGGCCGGCUUCCAAAACCCUAUGGACACACCAGCUGGUUACGGCAUGGGCCCGCCUCCCAUGGCCGGCAAUCCCGGCCCAGGCCCCUUCGGCGCUGCAGCUUUCGGUGCCGGCGCAGGCUUCCCGGCGCAGCAGUACGGCGCACCACCCAGCACGUACGCGCUUCCUUCGGGAAUGGGUGCGGCUGGGCCUUAUUCGGCUGUAUAUAAUCCCAAUGGCCCUAUGCAUUCGACUCCUUUCGACAGCCGUGCGGCUGAGGCUGCAUUCACCGGUGCCGAUCAAUUUUCCGCAAACCAGGGCGCUCCCAAUGGCGAUGGACGCAACGACCCUUUCAACUUCCUGUCGACGAACCUCGGUGCCCUGUCCAUGAAUGAUGACCGCCGCAACCAGCCCCAGGGUGGUCCAACCAAGACCCAGGGUUAA